UUUCCGAGCUGCACGUGAAUGCAGCAUUACAUUGUACCUCUACGAUGUUGUUUUGAUUGCGGUACAUCUCUAAGGAAAACUGCAGAGCCCUGUUAGCCUGUGAUGCUUCUCUACCUGUGUGUGCUCACUUGGCAGCAGUGCAGGCCAGGGAAUAAAGGUGGAAAACCCAGCAAGUCUUGUGUUGAUAUUCUGCGGCCUUAGCUACAUCAAAUCAGGCCCUCAUCAAGGCAAAAGUGAAUCUUCCACUGUGGAAAAAGAAGGUUUUUGAUGAUUUAAUCCUCCAGCCAACCAAGUGUGACCUCUGCCACUUCACACACUUCUAUCCACAACUUCAAGUCUCACAUGCCAUCACACAGAGCCAGCAUCUAGUGUAACAGCUGGGAUCAGUCUCCCAGGUGGAAAACAUCACAGGGACUACUGGAGCCACUGAGGGAUCCUCCCUGAUGAAAACCACUGUGCUUUUGAAGGAAAGCUAGACAUGGACUGACCUUUACAACAAAACAUCCCACCUUCACUCGAACCUGUGAUCUAUCUCUAUUUGUACACCUGUUUCCACUCACACUCCCUUUUCUCAUACCUUCCUCCUUUAUUUGUUUCUAUUGCUCCCUCCAUACCUACACCUCUCUCUUCUUGCUUCCCUCCCCCCAGUUGUCUCUCCUUGUAUCUGUUUCUCUCUCUGUGUUUCCGGGGUUUCUGUCCCCUCCUUGCUGCCAAGCUGGAUUUCAUGCAGGUGAAGCAUCUGAAGAGGAAGAGGAAGAGCAACUACAGUGUGAGAGAAACACAGACGCUCAUCAGGGAGAUCCACAAGAGGACGGACGUGUUGUUCUCCAGACAGCAGAAUACAGCCAUUAACGAGCUGAAGAGACAGGCAUGGGAGGACGUGGCACAAGGUGUUAAUUCACUGGGGGAGGGAGAGCUACGCACUGCUGCGGAGGUGAAGCGUCGUUACCUGGACUGGCGUUCACUGGUGAAGAGAAAACAGCUUCGGGCUGAGCUCUCUCUGUCCUCCUCCUCGUCCUCGUCUGUGGCCCUGAAGACUGAGUAUGAUCAGUCCUCCCCGGAGCAUGAGGCGGCUUCUCUGGGAUCCGGAUGUGAUCAGCUGCUUGACCUCUCGGGCCUCUCCAAGGAUUGUCACUGCGACUGGCCAGAGCUGGCAGCUCUCGGAGAGCCGAGUGGGCCGGCCAUGGCACCGCUGGGUGUGAAGAUGGAGGACGAUGUCAGUGAAUACAGACUGGAUGGUGAUGGUGAUUUGGGUGACGGAGAACUAGAUGAAGAUGAUAUUCCCUCCCUCCUCAGCGACAUUGAGUCACGUGGCGAGGGGCAUGUUGGUGAUGUUUACUCCCACAACGACUUGGACAUGCUCAACUCCUCAAAGGCUCCAACCUCCACCACCAACAGAGACCUGCCAUUCGCCGGUGGCCUGAUGGGGAUGCCGGUUCAUGCUCUGGGUGGAUUAACCAAUCAUGAAAACAUGGGGGCGGGGUUUAUGGUUGCUGUUGAGAAACAGCGAUUGGAGCUGGAAAAACAGCGCCUGGCUGUGGAAAGUGAACGCCUGGCGGUGGAGAAAGAGCGGCUGGUGGUGGAGAAGGAGCGACUUCGUCAGAUGGAGGUAGAGAGGGAAAGGCUGCAGCUGGAGAGAGAGAGGUUACAGGUGGAGAGGGAGAGGCUGAGGCUUCUGCUCCUCAGCCAAUCGGAGCACGUCGAUUCCUCCUUUAACUUGCCGCCGCAACAAGGCCCGCCCUCGUCCUCCACGUCUUCUUUGUCCUCUACUCAUGAUGGACAGAGGGAGAGAGAGAAAGACAGUAAAGGAUGGAUGCCAUUGGUCUAUCUGGAGACAGAAAGGAUAAAACUAGAGAAGGAGAGACUGCACCUGGAGAAAGAGAGGCUGCAGUUCUUCAAAUUUGAGGCCGGCAGACUGCAAAUUGAGAGAGAACGCCUCCAAGUGGAGAAAGAGAGAAUGCAGCUGCACAAAGACCACCAGGGCCACUGAAAAAAGGACUGUAAAGAGAGAGAGAGAUGAAUACAUUCAAUUUUCACCAGCAUCAGGAGUAUUUUUAAUCCUGAAAACAACACAGAAUGUGUGAAUUUGCAUCAGCAGCUGUUCCUUUAUCACAUUCCUCACACAUAUUUCCUUGAGGAAGGUGUGAGGCACUGAAAUGAUCAUUCCUGACUGGAAUAUGGCCAAGGAGAAGACAAGGAGGAGAGGGCUGGCAUAUUUAUGACCACCAUGAUAAAGCAGUGCCUUAUGAUGUCUUCAUAAAAUGGAUGGCAGGAGAGAACAGACGCCAUGAUGAUAAGAUCUACGAUUAGUUUGGCACAUGGAGCUGGUUAGCCCUGAGCAUAUUUGAUUUCUAAAAUGUUCAGUGCCUCAUCCAAACACUCUGAUGCACAAAACGUGUAGAAUAAAACAAGAAAUGCUGGGAUAUAAAUGCCACACAUCUUGUGUAGAAAAGGUUUUAUAAUGGUAUAUAUGGAGGAAUGGAAUCAUGAUGUCUUACUCUACAUUAUGCACCAAACCAGUGCCAAUUUAUCUACUGCAUGGGUGUUUGUCUGUAUAAUUUAGCUCCCAACAUUCAAAAACAAAAGCACACGAUUGUUACCUGUACAGAGAUUUUUAUGCUAUUUAUGUUUUGCUGUCAAGUGCUUAAAAUAUCGUUUACAUGGUAAUGCUUGUGACUUUGUACAUUUGUCCACCAAUUUUAAACUGAUAUUUCACCUUUCCUGUUUUUCACAGCAGACGUUUUAAUUUGCAUGAAAAGCACAGGUGUUACUAAUAACAUUAACAAUGGCUCUUCAGUAAGUCAUGACAUGCAUGCACGAUACAAGGUCCCAGAAAGUGAAGCAGCUAAAUGGAAUUCAGCCAUCAUUAAUAUGAUUAUUUACACCUGUGCUUUACUGUGACAUAUUAAAGUGUCUUCCGUGAAAUAAGGCCUAUUAAGAUUUGAUGUUUCUGCGAUUAACAUUUGUGGACUUGGAAAGGAUCAUCUGUGAUGAGCAGCUACUGGAAGUUGUGGUGUGCAUGCUACGAAAUUAAAGUGAAAUAUUCCUUUAAUGUCUAUGUUUUCUUCAGUUCUGUUGUGCUAUGAAAUAUACUGUGAAGUGUUACUGGCUGCUAAAACCUGUAUUCUGCUACUGUGUACUGACGGUUGUGUUGUCCAACACAUAAAACACACUGUCUUUUGGUUAGGUUGUAAACAAUCCCCUGAGUUAACACCAAUUUGUCUCUUUAAGCAAGUUGAUAUCAGGUCACACAACCGGCAAAGCAGCCCUAUUUUAUUAUUUUCUUCUAUGUAUUUAUACAUAUUUUUUUAUGAUUUCUUACUCAGUCACUGUGCCUCUGUGUUGAUACAUUUGUAAAGUAAAGUUUGUUGAGGAAAAGAAAUGUGACCUCCAGACAAUAUUUGUCAUCAUCAAAGUUGAUAAAAUCUGUGUUACACAUUCAAGCCCCAAAGUACUGCUUUGGCGACCAGCCUCUGUGGUCUCCCUCUUGCCUUUAUGUUCUUUGUAUUGCCAUUGAAGAAUACUGGUAAAAGAGAAUGGGAAGAUAAUUAGAAAAAAAAACAUUUGUCUCCUCGGUAUUGACGCUCCUCAGGAAGCUCACCAGGGGUCCCCAGAUCAAUGCAGGCUAAUAAGAAGAGACAAGCGUUAAAAAUCACUUUGAGAGCAUAACAUUGAUGUUCUACACAAACUCUGCAUCUCUAAAGAGUCAACUUUUGAAGAUUUCAGUAAAACUGAUGUAACCCAGUGACACUCGUGCCUUUUUUCGCAUUUCAUAUUUGAAUUGUUUAAAGUAUUUGUGUCAUAGUAGCAUGAAAGCUUUUUACUGCAAAAUGGGAGCCACAGACUUUUAACUGAAGACAAUAAAGCUGGCCACUUGGA